AUGUUCAAUUGGAGAACAUCAAAAGGCUUUAAAAACUAGGAUGAGACGCACAAAGCAUCAUCACAAAGAUCAGAAACAAAAAAAAAAACAAAUCCAUGGCAGAAGAUAAGGCAAAAAACCCACAUGUCCUCUUCUUCCCCUUCCCCAUUCAGGGUCAUAUCCCUCCGAUGCUCAAACUAGCGGAGCUUCUAUCGCUCUCUGGCUUCCAUAUAACCUUCCUCAACACGGAAACCAUCCAUAACCGCCUGCUCAAAAACUCUCCUGCCCUCGAGCAACUGGCUCAACAGCCUAGGUUCAGAUUCAAAACACUCCCUGAUGGACUCACUAGCAACAAUACUGAGCCAAUUUUACAAGUAGUAGACCUUGUAGACUCAAUAAGGGCUCGAUGUAGUGAACUCUAUAGGGAGACUUUGGUGCCUCAGAAUGGUGAAGACCCCGACGGGUGGCCACCAGUUACUUGUGUUGUGGCCGAUGGGAUGAUGCCUGUUGCAUUUGAUGUGGCUGAGGAGAUGAUGGUUCCUGUGAUCCUUCUGCGUACAAGCAGUCCUUGCAGUGUGUGGGCUUAUUACUCCAUUCCAGAGCUCAUAAAAAGAGGAGAGCUCCCGUUCCCUGAGGAGGCUGACAUGGAUGAUCCGAUACAAGGGGUAGAAGGGAUGCAGAGUCUCUUACGACGCAGAGAUCUUCCAGGCACACUAAGACAUGCCAAAUCUCCAAAUGAUCGAGUUCUUGAAUUCUUUAACACUGCCAGCAACAACUUGGGAAGAGCGAAAGCUCUCAUCCUAAACGCCUUCGAACCAUUAGAUUCACUUGUCCUAUCUCACAUUCGUUCUGUCUGUCCAAUCAUUUACACUAUCGGGCCUCUUCACCUUCUUCAAAGAAACUUGAAUUCAUCCACCAAUUUCCCUAGUUUCUGGCUACAAGAUAGAUCUUGUAUCAAGUGGCUAGACUCGCAACCGAACAAGUCAGUUGUCUAUAUCAGCUUUGGUAGCAUAACAACCAUGACGGGGUACAAGUUUCACGAGUUUUUUCAUGGGCUUGUCAAUAGCGGCCAUGGUAGCAUAACAACCAUGACGGGGUACAAGUUUCACGAGUUUUUUCAUGGGCUUGUCAAUAGCGGCCAUAGGUUCUUAUGGGUGAUUCGACCUGAUCUUGUACAAGGAAUCACAACAGAGCUAGAGAUAUACACAACGGAAAGGGUUUGUUUUGUGCCGUGGGCCCCACAAGAAGAGGUACUAGCCCAUCCAGCAAUUGGGUGCUUCUUGACGCAUAGCGGAUGGAACUCGACGUUGGAGAGCAUAGCAGCAGGGGUGCCGAUGAUAUGUUGGCCAUUCUUUGCUGACCAACAAAUUACCAGUAGGUAUGUGGGUGAAGUGUGGAAGAUUGGAGUAGACAUGAAGGAUACAUGCGAUAGGAACACUAUAGAGAGUAUGGCUAGGAAGGUAAUGGUGGAUGAGGGGCUGAGGAAGUCAGUAAGUGAGAUGGCUAAUAUUGCAAGAGAAAGUGUGAAGGAAAAUGGAUCUUCUAACAUGAACUUUCAAAAAUUAGUCCAACAUAUCAAAUCAUUAAGUAUAUAAUAGCCGAUAAUUUGAAUAAACAGGAGCGCGUUGCUAUAUGAUGCUAUGUAUCACUAUCACAGCUUAUGACGCAAGUUUUUUCUGUGAUUA